CUUGUAAAUUGACGAUCACGUGACCCGCGUGACCUGGAGAAUUUCCGCAUGUUUUUGCUGCGUUCCUGAUGAAAGAAAUCCUGUUUAUUUACCUGAAGACAUCAACGAUAGUGGGCUGAGCUAUUAUUAGUAUGACAACAGUACCACAGCAGCUGAAGGACUCGAAGGAGCAACGAGAGGUCAUCUCGGUGUCGGCAGCGCUGAAAGAACAAUAUGAUGCUAUCAAGGCUCUAGGAGGACCAAAAGCAUGGCCUUUCGUGCAGGGCAACCCCCUGGUUGCCUUCAACACCGGUCUUGUAGGUCUGGUGUCCAACUCGUUCUUCCGGCGCAUGCUGAUGGUCCGAAAGGGCCUCGUCCUCUCUAGCCUCCCCAUGGCCGUCAUCCCAGGCAUCACCAUGACCCUCAUCUACCCCAUCUUAAUCAGCAAUCCAAUCCUGGUGGGGGACCUGAAGUGCCCUCUGUGUGCCUCUCUCAGGGCAGGCGCCUUGGGGCUAACCUUGGGUUCUAUCUACCCGUUCCUGCUGGCGAUCCCACUCAACUCAGCCCUGGCCAUCAACUACGCCACCAUCGAGGUCCCUAUGUUUUCCAAGAAGUCCAGUUUCAAUGAGGCUCUCCAGUUCUGGCAGAGGAAGGUGCGUUACUUCAAGGGCCAGUUCAUCAGCAUCGCCAUCUUCCAGAUGUUCUUGUUUGCAUUUGUGGCGGACAGGCAGUUCAGAUUAGCGCACACGGAGCUGGACGUGCAGUUCGUGAAGGAGGAGAGAUGAUGAAAGGUGCCAUGUAGUCGGCAACAGUAUUAUACGACGAUCCACAAAUUCAGAGAAUAUUUUCUUGGUGUGGCACAUGUUUAUAUGGAGCUGCAUGUGUGUGAACUGGUGGAAGGAAUAGCCAGGAGCGCUGAUUCCAAAGACGUUUUCAACCAGUGUCCAAAUUAGUCCAAAUGCACUGUUUACUUUAAAAACUGUCACAUGGAUGAAAUGUUCGCGAAUUUUGUUAGUGGUCCAGUUUGCAAAAUUACAUGUUUUGCCAAAUAAUGUACUCAGAAUUUAAACGACACCAAAUUUUGUGAUUCCUAAUUUUGUUGUUGUUGAUUUUUUGUUGUUGCAGUGAAAUGGCUGCCCUUGGCAUUUUGCAAAAGUUUCUGUUCUCACAGUAAGCUUUUAUUUAUCGCCAAUUUUGUGCAUUGUAGGUUCUCGAAGUUUGCAGUCAGUAGUAAAUUUCAUGCCUACAGUUUCAACCAAUCAGAGGCCUGAUUCUGUGGUACAUGUAUAUCAUAAGCCCU